AUGCUCGUCGAAAUUUUAUGCGCUUUGCUCGUCGCUUUUGUGGGCUUCUACACUUACUGGUUGGUUUUUCCUUCUCUAUAUGCGGUCGCUUAGAAAGUUUUUGCUCGUCGUUUAUUCGAUUUCUUUUGUGAUUAGAAAUAGAGAAUUGAUUGAUUGAUCAGUAUUAGUUGAUUCUGACUUUCUUAGCUUGAAUUUCAGCUUUCAAGUAGUUUUUGUACUUUAUCUUGAGCUCAUUUUCUUCUAUACUCCCUCUGUAUUAUGUCUCAGUGAGUUUCUUAUGAUUCCGAUUUUUCGAAAAUUGAUAACGGCUUCUGAGAAAGUCAUAUGAUUCUCAAAAACCCGAAACCAAAAAGUUGAUGGUUUUUACGUUUCUCUCCGUUGUCUCAACCCCACCUGAAAAUAGAAAGGAAAUUACUUCUGUCCCAUUUUUUCACUCAUUAGCUUCUCUUUCUGAUGCGCUUGAUAUGAAGUGUCUUCCAUAUUUCUUCUUUCAAUAUACCCUGAAGUCAUGUUCUAAUCUAAGGGUGUCAUCGUACACUCAAUGAGAUUUUAUCAAGUUCUAUGCGACUUUUUUCUCAUUACGAUUUUUUGUGAGAUUCAGAUGCUCGAAGUUCAAUUAGGUCUUCAUUAAAAUUAUAAAUUUCUUACUCUGCAGGAUGACAGUGGUGGUUCCAGCGGAGGUUGAGGACCGCGAAGCUGAAGCCGCCGUCAAUGAAUGUGAGUUCACAAAGCUCUGAGGGUCAGAUAAGUAAUUCGAGUUCAUGGAAAAAACAAGUUGAGUUUUUGAACUUUAACGAGUAGAAAACUAAAAUUUCUUCGAAUUUUUUACUUGAAAAAGAAAUUCAUUCAGUUGUUGGAUGGUGCGAUUCUAAUAUUCAUUUCAAUCAGUGAUAAGAUUUAAAGUAAGGAAAUUCGUUUUUCAAUAAACUGCUAACGCUUCCCAAUAGAAAAAAAAACAUUCUCAAAUGGGUUUUUUCUAUUGUUCACAUUUCGUUUAAACUUUUUUUUGACCUUUUUGUCGAGUGAAAUUUGAAAAUCUUAUUCAGCGCCGAGCAAAAAAGGCGACCGUGCAAUUACGACACUGGUCGAUGGUUCCUCGACUUUGGUUAUUUUGUUCGGCUGGGCUGGAUGUCGAGAUCGUUACUUGGCUAAAUACGCUCAAUACUACGAACAGUCGGGGUGGGUGAUUCAAUUUAAAAUUUCAGGCAUUUAUUCGUUGUUCGUCAAAUCAAAAAAACCAAGUUUUUUGCCUUCAGAACGUUUUUUUAGGUUUUCAUUUAAAAAUAAUUUUUUUGAGAAAAAAAGAAGAAAAAAAUUUGGAAACCAUCGAAAAAAAUUUACAAGAAAUAUGCGAAAACAAGAGUAAAAAUCAAAACUUGUCGCUAGACGCUCCAAGGAAGCACCAGAACAUUGCGUGGGAGAUAAGUCGUUUCCCUGAGAAAAAUUCGGCCCUAUUGAUUUUUCGUUCAUGCAUACGGAAGAUGUCAUUUCUUGGAAAGUCGAUCGUGAAAGAAAAAAGUUUAACGCAGGCUUUUUGUGGGUUUUAAACUAGGAUUUUUCGAAGAAGAAAGGGAGCGGGAUAUGAUUUAACAAUAACAUGAAAAAAGGAAAAUAGACGCUGUACUGAAUUCAGGAUUGAUUGGACGUUUUUUAUACUUAACUCCUACUUCGAAGAUAUGUUCAUGACUCGGGAUUUUCUUUCUAAAAAUAGAUAUUUUUCAUAAAUUCUCGUAUCGUGCAUAUCAUUUUAAUACAGAAUUUCCCCAUUUUUCUUCGUUUUUCGAUAACAGAAAUCUUCAAUUUUCGUUUCUUUACAGGGUUUCGACGAUUCGUUUCACGGCGCCAAUCGCGAAAAUCCGCUCUUUCGCCUCGUAUCGAGCUUUCGCAAAAGCUUUUCACAAAAACCUCCUCACUUCUAUUCCCUCGCAAAAAUUGCCUAGGAAUAUUUAUUUCCACACGUUUUCUAUGAACGGCGUCUCGUUGUUCGCCGCUUUUUGGGACUAUGUGUCGAAAAAUGAGGACGCAGCCAAGAUAAAGAAAUCAACGAGUGGGAUCAUAUUCGACAGGUAAUUUUUUUUUAUUAAUGAGUCACAUGUUUAGGCGUUUUCAAGAGGCGUUAUUUAAACGUUUGAAAUAAGAAUUACAGUUUGAAAGCAUACAUGUAAAUGAGUGAACCUGGCGUCAGCCAAGUCCCCCCCUCGGAGCCAAAGCCAAGUUCGCCGAAAGCCAACUUUUCUAGUUAACGGAAUCUUCAACGGUUGACAAAUAAUCUCAGAGAUAAAACGAUGCAUCCGCUGAUAAGUUCACGCAAUACUAAUCAGAAGCACGUUCAGUAGUCCGGCAUUCACCUCGCCUUCGCAAAGCGCAAACGCCGUCUCUUUCGCCACUCUGCCGCCAUCGAGUUAUCCGUCGGCUCUGCGGGAAUCAUAUCGCGCUGUUCUCUUCACCUUUUUCUCCUUCCACAGGUUCCCACUUUCAUUUUUUCAACAGUAAUCCAGAACAAAAUAAGGUUCCUUUCUUUUUACUAUUAGGUUGUUUACUAAGUUUCUUUCUUUUUUGAAGGACUUUUUUUUUAAAAAAGUUUUCAACCAGAAAAGCACUUCUCACAAUUUUUCUUCAUAUAGUAUUUACUACUACACAUUCUGAAGUGCAGAUUAAAACUAACUGUAUUCCUAUAACACUAUGCAGAAAAAAGAUACAGAACUUUGUCCGAACUCGAAAAAUCUCGAUUUUUGGAAAGUUUUGCGAAUUUAUUUUUUAUCUUACUUUUUCAAUCUUGUCAUUCGAACAAGUUACAUAAAACGUAAACUGAGGUCGUGUGCUUGCUCGUGAAAGUUUUCGUUUGCUUCCAAAAAAACUGAGAAAUGAGUUAAUUAUUCAAAAGCCAGACCAUACAUAUUUAUGAUUGGCCAACAUUGUUGAAACAAUGCGCGUCCUGUUUUCGUUUUAUUUUCCCCGAAGUACAUUUGUAAUUAUCUAUCAGAUUUGAGGUUUUGAAAAAAAUUAUAGGAAUAACAUUAGCCACCGGCAGCUACCGUGAAACUCGAGGAUUUAAUUUUACAGCCUUUUUUCAUCAAAAAAUGUUUAUAGCACGGGGGCAGUGGUUUAUGUCCUCUCUCAAAUUUUCUGUUCUUUUGCUAUCUCUCAAGUUAAUAAAAAAACAAGUACAACAAAGGUCACUGCAGCCAUGUGUCAAUGCAGAAGUGGUUCAACUGAGUUUUUCCGGCCUAAAAUUUUGAGAAACGGUAGUCAACUGAAAUGACAGCUUGAUGAACUUCUGGAGGCUCUCUGACGGCGUCAAACGUUUAGACCUUCUGAAGAAAACGUGACUGAUACAGACCAUGUCUGUACUAAAUAACCACAAAAAAUCAAAAUCAACCUCGAAGCCGUUCAUGAGAAAAGCGUCUAAAUGUUCAGCGACCAUGUCAUUGUCAUUGAUCACUGGCCGAAACUUUUAAAGAAAAAAGAUUUUUAGGCUGGUGUUUUUGUUUAAAAAGUCAGUUUGCCUUCUCUAUCUGUACUUCCAUCCUCCCUCGUUGUCAUCAACUACAAAACAUUGAAUCAUACAUUUUUUUUAGAAGAAACAAAAAAAAAAUGUUUCUAAGAGGGGUUGAAAUUGAGUUAGUUGCCCUUUUUUGAGUAUAUCAUUGCUCGUUUUAAAGUCAGGAACUCCAAAAUUAACAUUCACGUUAACAGAUAGCUGAGGAUGACGGGGGAAAAAUGGCUUGCUGUUUGAAUCCAAAAUUGAAAAGUUAUACACCAAGUAACUUUCAACCGAAAAAAGAAAGAAACUUAGUAAACGACCUAAUAAUUAGGAGUUUCUCAAUCCAUUUUCAGGAGAUAAAAAAUAAAAACGGGUCUUUUUUCCAGCAAAACCAAUGAUAGUUUGAUUUUAAAAUGCCGUGUUCGAAGUGAUUCCGCGAAGUUCGAAAGAGCCGUCAUAAAAAGAAAAACAUAAUUUUUAAUUUUGCAAAAGUCGAUUAAAAUACGGUAUAAAACUAUCAAAAUACCACCAACAUGUUACAAAAUCGUCAAUCUACAUUUGCAAUUUUCAGAUAUUUCAAUAUUUAAAAUUUUCCACUGAAAGCGUUUUCACGUUUCCAUAUUUCAGAGGGGUGAUGUGGCUGCGCUCUUUGGUUGAAAAGGACGUCUACGAGAAGCAUUUCGCUUAUUUCAAAAUGCUCACUUUCGACGAUCUGCCCAAGAAGCAGCUGUACAUCUACGGACCUGCUGACUUAGUACGAAUCUUUGAAAGUUUUUUCUUGUUUUCUUUUAGGAACUUUCAGCAUUCUGAGAUGAGUUAUCCAUAGAAAAAAAAAAUCUCUACUAUUGUUUACGCUAUUUUUUUAAAGCGGAAUUACAUUUUCUUUUGUUUUUACGAAACUUUCAGUGGGCCUAGUAAAUUGAGCGUUUUUUUUUUCAAUUUGAUGACUAUUUUUACCUGAAAAAUCAACUCAGUUCCUGUCUUUUUUUUUGCCUCCGAACGCCUUCUGAAGCUCAAAAAAGUCGCUGGUCAAAGUUUACCCUAUCAAAUGGCCAAUUUUCACUGAGAUGAUGAAAAAACUGUUUGUUAAUUAAUACAUGUAGUUGAUAAGGUGUUCAUUCAUUUCAUUCAUUUCAUUCAUUUUCUUAUCGAAUUUUGUCAUUUUUGUCUUUGCUCCUGGUUUUUGAAUGUCUAAAGUUGUCUAGGAGCUGGUAGAAAUGACUAGAGAAAGUAGAUCGGAGCAUUUUUUUUUCCUGUGACGAAGUUUCGAAUACUUUACUGCAUCAAUGUUUUUCGAUCGCGUCCGGCAUGAUGUGUCAGUUGAAAAAAAAGAGACAUUCGGAACAUUUGGCCGCUUGUUUCCGCUAGCCACAAGUGCGCUCAAAUAAACAGAUAACUUUGAGAAGCAAACGAUCUUUCAAAAUAAGCUCAGGCUCCCGUGAACGAAGAAAGUUGAAUUAUGACGUGACCUCAAAAUUUGGCGAGAAUCUCUGAAACUUAUUUUAUUAUCCUCUUUUUUUCUGAUAAUAUCUGAGUGUUUCAGUCGAUUCACUUGUCGAAUUUGACUUCAAGGCCUCUUCCAAAAUAUUUCAUUUAAUACUCGUACUUUGAAAAUUAUCUCCUGAUACAAGUUUUUCUGACUUUUUUUUGGGCUUUCGUCUCUUGCUCUUUUUAUUAUAUAAUGAACGACACUGAGUUGGAAAGUUUAAAGAAAAAUUAGGAGCCGAUAUUUUGGUUGAUAUGUAACAGGGAUGCAUGAGACGAGGAUUUUUUUAUCUCGAGACGAGAUCGAGACUAUUUGAAAUGAAAAAAAUACAAUUUUUUGUAUCGAAAUAACACUUGUAAACGACCAAAACUCAAAAAUUUGCGAAAACCUCUCUUUAUUAGGAGAGAUAUUACGCAAAAUCUGAAUUCAGACAGUUUACUGUGCUGUGAUUUUGAUCGCUUUGAGUAGGUGACGUUACAACCGCAACGUCAUAUAUGACGCCUUAUUUCGAACUUUCAGCGUAAAAGUCUUUUUUUUUUCCAUGUCGAAAUGUCUCGAGACGAGAUCGGAUUUAUUUCUGCAUCUCGAGACGAGGCGAGAUCGUCAAUUUUUUAACCGUGACGAUAUCAUGUCUCGUGCAUCCCGAUAUUUAACACGACUUUUUCACACAUGGCUCUCACUAGGCUACCACUAAAUUAUCAGUUUCUGAAGGUUUUUCCGUAGAAAUAUAUCUUGAUUAAUUUCUGAUAUUUUUUUUUCGACAAGUAUAAGUGAUAUAAUGAUACUGAUCGAUAAUAUUUGAGGUUUGCUCGGAAGAGUCGAUCGAAGAGUUCGCCAAGACGAUGGAGGCACGUGGAGUUGCGACGUCCAAACUGAGACUUCUGGACUCGCUCCACUGCCAGCACCUUCGUACGCAUCCGAAGACGUAUGCCAGCGAAUGUCUGGAUUUCGUUAGAUCGGGCAAUUUGCCGGAGUCGCACAGCCGCGUCGCUCUCGAGGCGCGAACUCCAGAAGAACUCGCCUGUGAAGAGAUCCCCGAAGAGCUCGCGAUGUACUGA